CUGGGCUCUACUUCCGGGUUUCUGCACGUUGGGAGCGGAGAAACUGAGGCAGUCUUCGAAGUCUGUUUGCUCGGCUCCCAGCGGCUGGAAGUGCGAGGCUCCCGCCGCGGGCACGUCCCCGGGCCCCCGUUUUCGCGGAACGGGUGAUCGGCCGCAGCGCGUGGGCACUGCGGGUCCUUCUCCGCACAGGUGCAGUCGGACAGUCUCGGGGAUGAGCCACUCGCUGGUGUGCCCCGACACUGUGAGCAGGGUGAGUUCCGUGCUGAAUCGCAACACCCGGCUGUUCGGCAAGAAGCACCUGUUCGACCAAGUGGAGGAGACGUGCUGGAGCUCGGACCAGGGCCCCGCCCAGUGGGUGACGCUGGAGUUUCCGCAGUGCGUGCGGGUGUCCCAGCUGCGGAUCCAGUUCCAAGGGGGCUUCUCCUGUCGCCGUGGCCGCCUGGAAGGAGCGCAGGGCACUGAGGCUCUUGGCAAGAUUCUGGACUUCUACCCCGAGGACAGCAAUUCCCUGCAGACCUUCCCUGUACCGGCUGCUGAAGUGGACCGGCUGAAAGUUACCCUGGAGGACCCCACUGACUUUUUUGGCCGCCUGGUCAUCUACCACCUGUUGGUGCUGGGGGAGAAGAUGUGAGGGUGGCUGGGUGCCACCUCCUCCAAGAAACUCUCCAGGAAGCACAGCAAUUCCUUGGGUUCUGCACAAAAAGGUUUAUUGGUUCCCUGCUGGGGAAGGACCCCUCUACCAGCUGCCUGUGGUCCGGCCAGGAGCCUAGCUGCCUUGGAAGCAGGUGCUGGGCGCCCCUGGCCCUGUGUCAACCUUUUGCUGUGCUCCCUGAGUGUCCGGAGUUCCUGGCUGGUGGUCUUCAGUCGCCGUUGGCAGGAGCCAGGUCACUCUGGAAGAGCCUGAGGAUGUGGCUCUCAAUGGCCCGUUGCACUGGACCCAGAACGGACAGGAGACACAGUGUGAAUGGGUGGGGGACGUGGAGUCACACCUCCCACUGCUGCUGUCUCUCAAGGGACCAAAUGGGCUCCCCCCACCAGGCCUCAGCUUCCCUGAAAUCUAUGCCAACACGCCCUCCCGGGGUGCUUGGGAUUAUAAAGGCAUUGCCCCAGUAAACCAUGACCUUCUCAGA